CCCUAGUUAGCUGGCUCGACCCAUAAUAAAGAAAUUGCAUGUUGUAUGUAUGUAUAGAUCCAAAAGCACCACCACUCUAAUGCACUUUUCUUGGUUUUCAAAGAAGAAACAAAGACGACGGGAUGAUAUAUAUCGAGAAGGAGAAAGUGAUGAUGAAGUAGUUGAGAAGUUAGACAAGCAGAGAUCAGCCGCAGGCCCCAAUGAGCAAAUAUCAAUGGCCGUGGCCGGCCGGCCUGCACGAUGCGGCUGCCAUUGCCAAUUAGGUCAGCCAUGAAAUGUUUGCUGCCGAAAGUGAAAGCUAGACGAUGGCAAUGGCAUGCAUGGACAUUGGACGCAUAUGUGGUGCCGGGUCCCCACCCAAUUAGGGUUAGGUGGCCAGCACAUGUUAUAAAUCGUAUGUCGAAUGUGGUUUGUAUCGGGUAAUGUAUGCGCGGGUAUUUCGUGGGGUGGGUAAACCCAUUUUUAUAUGUUAUUUGUAAAAUGUAUGUUGAUAUUUAACUAUUUUAAAAUAAGAUACAUAGAAAACACUUCGUAAAUGAAUGCUGAGUAUUGCCGAAUGAAUAAUUGAGUCUAUAUAGUUGAAUUUCUUUGGGUUGAAAAUAUGAGUUUGAAAAGGUCAAUAAAUACAGGUAAGAUCAUGAUAAAACACGGUCGAGAACGAGCAGAACGAGGCCGGACACAGGUAAAAAGCAAUACUCAUCUGCCGACCCACGCUACUGCGACUCGAGCCGAACCCGCCCCCAAAAUGGUUGGAUCAGAUCCGAUCGCACAAAUAAUCAUGUCAAAAAAUUUGGGAGCGGUUACGGUGAUUACUAAGGGUAAAUUGGGUAUGAAAAAAUAGAUUAUAUUAAUUAAUUAAUUUUAAUAAAUUAUAUUUUAUGUAGUUACAAAAAUCUAUUAUUUACAAUUCUUUCUCUUUCUCUCACUUCCGUAAUCUCCAGCCAUGUUUCCUUCCAUAUUUUUCUCAAUCUUUCUGCAAAAGAAAAAACACGAAAUCACUACCAAUCCAUUAGACAACCAAUACCAUUUUGAAAAACAUCAAUACCAUUGCAGAAAUAAAUCUAUACCAUUACACGAAAACUACCAAUAUAAACAAUCUAUACCAUUACAAAAGUCAAACAAAUACCAAAACAACAAAUAUCACUACUACUGUGAAAUCAAAAUAAUACCAUUGCAUAAAUAAAUAAAUACAAACACUACCGAAACAAAUACAUGUAACUACCAAAGCAUAAUGCAAACACUACCAAACCAAAUGCAUAUACCAAAGCAUAAUGCUCCAUCUAACCAACACAAAUGCAGGUAACUACCAAAGCGUAAUGCACACACUACCAAAGAAGAUGCAGGUAACCACCAAAGCAUAAUGCAAACACUACCAAAGCAUAAUGCAAACAAUACCAAAAUAAAAUACAAGGUAGCUACUAAAGCAAAUCCUCUACCAAUGCAAACACUACCAUUCUAGAUUACCUGCAGAAGCAAAGCUGUAAUCAACAUUGAUUGCGGUGGGAAACGAACGCGAAUGUCGGAGGAGCUAAAAUCAAUGUUGCCGGUAUGGAGAAGGAGGAAUCUGAAUAAACAAAUUGGGGAGGCAGGAGGAGGAGGGACUAAGGAGAUGAGAAUAAGAGGGGUGAGGGAGGAUGAGAUAUUCGAGUACGGCGGCGGAAGGGCGGCCGAGGGAAGGGUGGCCGACUUUAGGCUCGUUGUCGUCGAGGGUGGUCGUCGGGGGUGGCCGAGGGGAGGUGCUGGUGUAGGCGGCCGACAGGAUUAGUGCGACGGAGCGAUGGAGGCGGCUGUUGCGGGUUUGGUUGGAGGGAGGGUAGAAUUAGGGUUUUGUAUAGAUUAUAUAGAAUAAUCGGGUGUGGUCACUUUUUUUUGUUUCCAAAUAAUCCUAAAAGAAUCACGUCCUCACCCUAGCCUUAUGGACCCUCAUACCAGUAUUGGGUAUGUGUCACCCACUUGGUUUAAGUGGCUAGACAUAUCUUAUGUCAAUUCACAAGAGAGUAAGCAAAGCCACUUCUACGUAGCUUAUUAAACCAGCUAAGCUAGCAAGCUAGAUGGGGGUGUCAACGAAAGAAACGCGAGAGGGAGGGAAAAAAAACGACACUUUUGUGUUGGUGCCUUGGUGGGUUUGUAGAAUAAACCGCCUAUUAAGCCCUACAAAUAGCUAAGCUUUUACGUAAAUUAGGCAGCCACAAUUAAUGAAUAAAUGAAGUGGUCGACAUGAAAGAUGAAACAUGAUGGACAAGAUUUCCGUGAUUUCGGAUCCAUUCAAUUGGAAACCAACCCCCUCCAAAUUCAAUCGUUGGUACAAGUGUAAUAAGAAUCAACCUUAUACAAUUACAGACACUUUCACAUGAAAAUCGCCUCACUGAGUUUCACAUUCACACAACUUAUUCAAUGUGCUAAAAUAACCGUCAAUUAAUGUUGGAUUAUCGUGAGGAUUCAAACAUAAACCUUAUUAUUAAUCAAAGAUUUUAAUAUUUUAUAAGGAAUUCAGUUAUCUCAACAAUUCGAGUUAUUAAAAGAAUAUAAGAAAGUUUUUACCCUUUCAUCUUUGCGACCUAGUCAGUGGUUGUUUAGUUUCCCUAGUUGUUGUGCCUGUUAGAUUUUGCAGGGUUCCUGGGUGACCACAGCAAAAGAUAGUAGCAGCUGGGCUAUGUCUGAAAUCUGAAUUCUUCACUUUGUGUGCAUGCAUUCAGCCGAUCGCAGUGCAAUAAUUCAAUGCGAAAUGCAGCAGUGUGCAUAAUAAUUGGGAUCUAUUUACCUAUGUGGACCAAUGCGAUCCGAACCGGCAAUAAAUAAAUAGAAGUAUAAGUUACUAUUUGCAUAAUUACUUGUUCGUUUAUGAAAAGAUAUCAAAAUUGGUUUUGACUAAAUACAAAUGGUCGUUAUUUUACUCAAUAUAUUUGAUAAUUAGCAUAUAAAUAAUAUAUUUUUCAUAAAAAUAUUUAAUUAAUUACACCAAAAACCACGCGUAAGCACACACAAUUAUCAACAACUUAACAACCUAAUUAAAAUAUCAAUAAUGUUUAUCAAUUCGUGAUUACGAGUUCCAAUCGAAUAGAAAAUAUGAUGGAGACAGCGAGUUGAAAAGGAAGGGAGCUUAAUUAUUGUUGUUGACAACUUAGUACUGUUGCCCCAUAGACCCGCAUGCAAGUUUUGAUUUCAAUCCAUAAACCUAAACGUUGCAUCAUCACUCCAACCCAUUUCAAAGUUUAUCAAUAAUGUACGUAGAAAGUCAUGGCACGAAGGAAACUCCUUUUCCACAUGGACUAAUAAUAAUGCGCAAGCAAAAUUGGUCCUUAGCCGACGUCGAACUAAACAGAAACUUUACUCGAAGGGAGCACCAAUUUGUUUUUGUGUUCGAGUUAUAAUUAUUAGCUAGAUGUGUACACCUGAUGAUAUGGAUUAUUUUACUUAUGAAGCGACACCAUAAUCAUUAAGGUGGGUACGUGGGUGUUUAAUCCGUGGGUUGACAUCAAUCCUAUUUUUCGGCGAGGAAAACUGGUGUUUGAACACAAUGAAUGCACAUUUGACUUCUUGAACAACGAUAAUUACACGGUUCACUCCUUUCCGAACAAUGUUCGAACGAGGGUGUUCGAUGUUUUUUAUGGUUUUUUUGGGAACAAACUAAGUUAAUUACACCUACUCCUAUGGAGAUUCAGUGAGAGCUCCGAAAACUAAGGCUAUGACUAAUUUGCAGAGAAAAUAUAAAAGUUUGACAUUAUG